CAGCGAAUUGGUGAGUCCGCGGAGCGCCGGCGGCGUGCUGGAGCGGCCCCCUGGUACGCUGCAAGCCGAAACUUUCCCAACGGACCCAGGACUCUGGCUUCCCAGGCGCUACCUGGGUGCCUGCAUGUCUGUGUGCUAUAUGGGUGCAGCGCAUGGAGGAAAGUCAGAAGAGGGCUCCAGGGCCCCGGAACUGGUUUACAGAUGAAACAACUAAUUUGUGAUUAGGGAAGAUGGAAGAACUGAGUGAAGCCCUAGCUAGUAGCUUUUCUGUGUCUCAAGAACUGAAUAGCACAGCUGCCCCACACCCUCGCCUGUCCCAGUACAAAUCCAAGUACAGUUCCUCGGAGCAGAGUGAGCGCCGCCGUCAGUUGCUAGAACUACAGAAAUCCAAGCGGUUGGAUUAUGUGAACCAUGCUAGAAGACUGGCUGAGGAUGACUGGACAGGAACGGAGAGUGAGGAUGAAGAGGAAAUGGAUAUUGACCCUGGCAAGAAGUUACCAAAACGCUAUGCUAAUCAAUUGAUGCUUUCUGAAUGGUUAAUUGACGUCCCUUCAGAUUUGGGGGAAGAAUGGAUUGUGGUUGUGUGUCCUGUUGGGAAAAGAGCCCUUAUCGUGGCCUCCAGGGGCUCAACCAGUGCCUACACCAAGAGUGGCUAUUGUGUCAACAGGUUUUCUUCCCUUCUUCCAGGAGGCAACAGGAAGAACUCAACAACAGCCAAAGACUACACCAUUCUGGACUGCAUUUACAGUGAGGUGAACCAGACCUACUAUGUUUUGGAUGUGAUGUGUUGGCGGGGACACCCUUUUUAUGACUGUCAGACUGAUUUCCGAUUCUACUGGAUGCAUUCAAAGUUACCAGAAGAAGAAGGACUUGGAGAGAAAACUAAGAUUAAUCCUUUUAAGUUUGUGGGGCUAGAGAAUUUCCCAUGUACCCCUGAAAGCCUGUAUAAGGUGCUGUCUAUGGAUUUUCCUUUUGAGGUAGAUGGACUUCUCUUCUACCAUAAACAGACUCACUAUAGCCCUGGGAGUACUCCCUUGGUGGGCUGGCUGCGCCCCUACAUGGUGUCAGAUAUUUUAGGUGUAGUUGUACCAUCUGGUCCACUUACCACCAAGCCAGAAUAUGCUGGGCACCAGCUCCAACAGAUUAUUGAGCACAAGAGGAGCCAGGAGGACAUGAAGGAGAAACUCACACACAAGGCUUCUGAGAAUGGGCACUAUGAGCUGGAGCAUCUGUCUACUCCCAAGAUGAGGAGUCCUUCCCGCAGUCCUGAGAGCGGCAUGGACAACUAAAGUGGACAACCCAUGAAAGAGUGGGGAAGAGGACAGUAAUGAUAAGUGACCUUAUUUCAGAGUGUGCUUUCCAAACCCACACUGCCAAAACCAGCUUGACUCCUUCCUGUCUAGAAUGUUGGCUCAGACUUUUGGGGGGUGGGCCUGUUUUGGAUGGAGUUGGAAUCCAAGUAGAUUUGAAUACCUCUUGCUGUGGUAAGUAUAUCCCAGGUCCACAAUGUAAAUAUGUAUGACACUUAAGAAAAGUUUGCUUGUGGUUAUUAAGGUUUAGAAAUCUCCUCCACUUUCCCCUUACCCCCUAGAAUGCUUACAGCACGACUGUUCAAAUCUUGGCACAUUUCACUCUCUUUCUCUCUCUCUCUCUCUCUCUCUCUCUCUCUCUCUCUUUUUUGCACUCAAACAGUCUGCUGAGUUUCCAGUUGCUGAUGUUGGUUAUACCAUUUUCUGAAAGGUCUUACCAGGAACUGCAGUUCUUGGUAUUUGAAUAUGUUCCUUCUUCUGAGAAAACAAGUGUGAUUUUUCUGCUGUUUAGACCUUUUCAGAGAUAAAAUGCUAAUGGGCUUUAUUUACUUUAAGAAAUGUUAGUGCCCCUAUCAGGAGGUAAACCUCGUGCUAGGCCUCUGAGAUGUAGGUUAUAGAGGUGGAAAAGACCUUGAGGGGAGUGUCACCCAGUGAGAAGGUGAGCCCCACACUGAGAAGAGUGUGGUGAAGUGAUUGCUUUAUUGCAGAAGAGUCCCCAGAGCUGGGGGCAAAGGCAGAGCACAUGUCACAGCAGAGGAUGGGGCUUGGCUGAGGCUCUGGGGAAGGAACUUGUAGACUUUGCAGGCCAGGAAGAGAGCAGGUCCUCAAAGUGUUACAUGACAUGUAGCAGCACUCCCGUAGAGCAGGGUGGGAUUUGAUCUGGAAUUAAAUCGGUUCAGCAUGGCGCCAGUAUCAAAUAGGAGUGGAGAGUUAGAGGAGACUGGAAGGCAAAGUGAGGCUUUACAUUUUGUCCUAAUGAAAAAGAAUUAAGGAAGAGGCCGGGGGCAAGAUAUCUUCAGCUCUGUGUGAACCAAAGCUCUUUAUCAGCUAUAAAAGUAGAAGAUGGUGUUUAAAAUUAACCAGUUAGUUUUUACUGUCUUCAGAAAGUAUAUUCCAGGUCUUGUGGUCUCAGCCUGCAGCCCAUACUGCUUUCUACGUUACUAGGACUUCUCUUAUAGGAAAACUGACAUCAUUCUCUUCAACAGAAAGAGUGUCCUGUGGAAGAAUUUUCAAUGUGACAUGUAAUGGUCCCUUUGGGUUAAUUAGCUUUGAGGACAGAUCUGGCCAGUAGUGGUUAAGCCGAGCCUGGUUGCACAGAUCAGCACAUCUAGGGGAACUCCCGAAGUGUCUGCUUUUACAGGCAUAAACUGCUGUGAUCAGACAGGGGAAAGCUUUUACUCUCAAUCAGUGAUAGAGCCCACUGGCUAUAGAUUUAGGCUUUUGUCUAUAUAAGCUCUUCUCAGUAUCUAGGCCAGAUUUGCAAUAUGAAUAUAGUAGUGUUACUUAUGUUAAGGGAUAUGUAGAAACAUUAGACAUUUAGUUUCUGCAGGCUGGCCUUGAACUUGCUUUUCAGUCCAGGCAAAGUCUUGAAUUUUCAAUCCAGUCUCAGCCUUCCAAGUAGCUGAAUUGUAUGCCUUUGCCAUAAGGCCCUGCCUGACUUGAUUCCUAGUCUUCUGAAUUGUUCAGUCUUCUUUUAGCAACCACCUUUAUCAAUGUGGGGACUAUGCAUGUCAGUGUUAAAGCAACUUGGCAAGGCUUGGUUUAAAAAUAAGCCUGGGCUUUGGGUAUGUGGCUCAUGUUUAUAAUCCUUGUACUUACAAAGCUGAGACAGGAGGAUUGCCGUGAGUUUGAGCCUAACCUAGGCUUUGGUGUGAGACACUAUCUCAAAAAUAAUCAUAACUUAGUAAAACCCAAAAUAAACCUGGAAGGAUUACUUCUUCAUGCUGAAGUCUGUGGCACGUGCUGAUGCCAGGACCAUUUGGAUGUCCAUGGUCCAUGCUCUCGAUAAUUAAAGGGCAAGCUACUUUUGCAAAGGUAUUGAUGACUACAGACUCACAGUUGAGAAAGAGGGACUGUAAUAGAAGUUUUGGUUUCUUUAAAAACUCAGUUAUGUGAUGUGAAUAUGUUUUUGUUUUAAUCCCAAGUGUGGGAUUUUAGUUUGGGCUUUAGUUUGUCGAUUGGUCAUUGCCACUGGGUAAUGGAGAGGGGUGUGGUCUGGGCUCUCAGGAUAUAAAUACGAGAGCCCAGAAAGAGAAGGUGUGGCAUACAGUGAUGGUGUGUGGCAAGUGGCAGUUUGGAGGGACCAGAGACAGUGUGGUGGCUUGGAGACAGACAAAGAGAAAUGUUUCAACGUAGUGGCUUUGAGGAUACUGCUUGCUGGGUCUGCUGUUGACAGAGAUAGAACCCAUUGACCCUAAACAGCCAGGAGAAUUAAAGGGGUCUGUGCUCUCUUUCCCCAAACCUUCUCUCUCUUAUCUAGGGCUGGGUGUUGGAAGGGAGAGGCUUUAAGGAACCCCAAUAAAAUAGAGUUUAAAAGCAAAUGCUACAAGGGACAUAGAAAGCUUCUGUGACAUCCCUAUCCCUAUCCCUAUCCCACCCACCGUUUCUACAAAAAAGAAAUUGCCUAGUCAGAAAGCCAUUGAAGAUUUUUUUUUCUGACACAGGGUUUCUCUGUCCAGCCCUAUCUGUUCUGGACUUGCUUUGUAGACCAGGCUGCCCUCUGCUUCUCUGAAUGCUGGGAUGCAGGCGUGUGCCACCCCACCCAGCAAAGAGAACUCUUAAAACUGUGAUAAGGAUGGUGAAGUGUAGCUCUUCAGAAUCGCUGGCUUCUGAUGUGGGUGCAGGUGGGGAAGGACUCAGUUUUCUUCAAGGGGCCUGACAUUGGGAGUUUGACCAUGCCCCACUGAGUAUAUGGACCACACAAAUUAGGUGUGUGUGUGUGUGUGUUUUUUUUUUCUUCCCCUUUUUUUGGGGAGGGAGGUCUUAAGGGUGGUGGGGCGACCCUAGGAGGACAGGGAGGUAAGGUUGCUCAGGGUUCAUGACGUGAAAUAAUAAGAAUAUUGUGGGAAAAAGAGAGAGCCUUGGCCUAUGGUGGAAUGCAUGCCUGUUAUCCCAGCUUCUGGAAAAUAAAGGCAGUAAAAUUUGGUAUUCAUAGUCAGCCUGUACUACAAGAGACCCUGUAUCACAAUCAAGAAAUUCAGGAUAACCGGGGGUAGUGGUGGUGCAGAGAUAGUUGAGUAAUUAAGAGCACGGAGUUUGAUUCCCAGCACUUACAUGACCGCUCAUAGAUACCUACAACCCCAGUUCCAGGGGAUUAUGUAUUCUCUUGUGUCCUCCACAGCCACCUGCAUGCACAAGGUGUACAUACAGAUAGACAGCCGUACACAUAUACGCAUAAAUAAAUAAGUUGCUAAAGACAUGGCUUAGCAACUAAGAGUAUAUGCAUUGCUCUUACAGAGGAUUGGAAUUUGGUUCUCAGCACUCAAGUUGGGAAUCACCUGAAACUCCAGGUGAUCUACCACCCUCUUCUGGACUCACAUGUACUAUUCCACAGAGACAUACAUACAUACACAUAAUUUUUAAAAAUAAUAAAAGUAAAUCUUAAUUUUUUAUUUUUUUUGGUUUUUCAAGACAGGGUUUCUCUGUGUAGCCUUGGCUGUCCUGGACUCACAUUGUAGACCAGGCCUCCAACUCACAGUGCCUCUACCUCCCUGAGUGCUGGGAUUAAAGGUAUGCACCACCAUGCCUGGCUAAGGAAAAUAAAUCUUUAAAACAAAAGAUCCCACAUAUUUUGAAAAGAAAUAAUCUUCCUAUGUACAAAUUUCUUUACUGAUAAAGAAAUGAUUCAAGAGCUGAUGUGAUGGCCGCCAAAGCCUAAGGACUUGCGUUCCAUCCCCAGACCUCACAUGGUAGCAGAGAACCAGCUCCUAUAGUGUUCUCUGACUUCCAUAUGUGUGCCAAUGACACAUAGAACCUCCCUUCCCAAAUAUAUGUAUGUAAUAAAAAAUGAGUUGAAAUGCUGGAAAUUUUAAAAGCAGAUAUGAUCUUUUUGUUAUUGUUUCUUUGAGACAGGAUCUUUAUGUAGCCCUGGCUGUCUUGGAGCUCACUAUAUAGACCAGGCUGGUCUUGAACUUGCAGAGAUCCACCUGCCUCUUCUGAGAUUCAAUGCAUAUACCACUAUGCCAGUCUUAACCUUGGAAUUUUUUGGUCCUCCUACCUUCACUCCUGAACUCUGCUACAAGGUUUCAUGCAGUAGUGGAGAUCAAAAUUUAACUCUGGGCCACUGUACAUGCUGGACAAGCAUUCUAGCCACUGAGGUAUAUACCCAGCUUUCCCUCUGUUAGUGCUAAUUUUAAAAUUGUAUUGUAGUUUUUCUCUUAACCUGGCUAGCAACCAAAUAAUUGAGACUGGACUUUUAUAUUCAUUUUAAAAGCUUUAGUGCAUAAACAACAGAGUAGUAUUAAUCUAUUUUAACCUUCUAAAGUAACCUGGCUAUCUCCCAGCUGAAAUGCCUGAGAUACUUGCAUUUUUUGGCUUUUUCUGCUCCAGUUGCUUACUCAUGAUAUCUCCUGGACCUUUCUCUCUUCUCCUAGCUGGCAGGAAAUCCAGCCCUAUUCUCUCCCCUGGUCAGUCAUGUGUUUGUUUCUUCAAGACAGGGUUUCUCUGUGUAGCCCUGGUUACCUGGACUCUCCUUGUAGACUAAGCUGGCCUCUGCCUCCCAAGUGCUGGGAUUAAAGGCAUCCACAACCACUGCCCUGCUCAGUCAUUGGCUCUUAAGUUUCUUUAUUGACAUAUCAGGGAACAAUUGGGGAGCAAUAUUUACACAGCACUGAGAAAGGAGAUUUUCAGAAGAAGAAUUGCAACCAGAUAUGGGGGCGCAGAGAUCAGCAUGUGAAUCUUUAUACGUGCACAGUAACAUGCCUAUACCUAUCUACCCUUCUUUUUUGGUGCAGGGGGAUAAGAGUGAAACUUGGGUUCAUCUCGUAUUGGGUCUACAGAUGUGCACCAGCACGUUUGACCCUGGUGACUUUGUGUGUGCAGGUGUGCAUCACUAUGGAGGGCAGAUGUCAAUGCUGGUUAUUUUCCUCAGUGGGUCUCCAUCUUAUGUUUUAGAUAGGAGGCUCUAUAUUGGUAAUGUGGGUCUUCUAUAUACAUGCAUGUAUGUAUAUGUGUAGCCAUAUUUGUGUGACUAUACAUACACAACCAUUUUUAUCUUGUAUAAAAUGAAACUUAUGAUUUACCUUUCUUAUAGUAUUAUGGUGAGAUUAGAUGAAUACAAUUUAUUUAAUGUUUUAAUUUCUACAUAGUGAGACCCAGUCUCAAAAAAGAUGGUAGUUUGGGGCCAGUGAGAUAAGUGACUGCCAUUAAACCUGACCAUCUGAGUUC